AUGUGUGACGGCUCGAACCCGCUAAGCCAUCCCGCAAGCGGGAUGGCCCGCCACUCGAACCCGCAAGCGGGCGCUGUGAACCAGAAGGUGGCCGCCCGCCUGAGCGACGUUUGUGCGGCGAUGAACUCGCGGCCUCUCGCCCUCCUGCUAUCCGUCGCGGCCGCCGCCGCAGACCGCUCCUCCUCGAGGCCGCUGCUGCUCGUUCGCGGCGGCGCCUCCUCCUCCUACCCAGGCGCCGGCUACGUCCCGCCUCAGCGGUCCUACCCCGGCGGCGGCUACCAGUUCGCGAGGCCCGCCGUCCGCCGCCAGUUCCUCGCUCGCGUCUACUCGACCGUGCUGGUCCAGGUGCUGCUGCUCGCGGCGAUCAUGGCGGCGCUGCGGGGCGCACCGGCGGUCGCGUACCGGCUGAUGCCGUCGGCGCCGGCCUUCCUGCUCCUCGCGACCGCCCCCGCUCUCGCCAUUCAGUUCGCCCCCCGCCUUGCCGAGACACCGCCGUAUGGCCACCUCCUCCUCGCCGCCUUCACCGCCCUUACCGGCGUCGGCAUCGGCGCCGCCACGAUGCCCCUCCCCGCCGACCUCCUCGCCCUGUUCGGCGGCCCGAUCGUCGCCACCGCGCGAGCCUACCUUGGCUACCUCGUCUACGACACGCAGCUGAUCGCGGGAGGCGGCAAGAGGUUCCAGCUGCGGCCGACCCAGCACGUCCUGGGCGCGCUGAUGGUGUUCAACGACGUGAUCAACCUCUUCCUCACCAUCCUGCAGGCCAUGGCGCGCGCCGACCGCGACUGA